GGCCAAGCGAUUAUAAACUAGCGACUUUAACGGAUAGUCUGACAAUCAGCGGAUCGAGUUCUGAGAACGGAAUCGGAAGCAGCUGCCGGGAAAUCGACGCCGGGGUGCCGUUCAACAUCUGAACUGAUUUAUCCUCCGACAGAAAAGGUUAGGGUUCCGAUUACCGGAAGGAAUUUUUGUGGGCGAGUAUAGUGUAGGUUUCGAGCUCUGAUAGUCGGCAGCCAUGUCUGUGACGGCGGGGGUUAGCGAUACUGUGAUAGCGAUUAGGGAUAAGCUUAGGGGUAAAAUUGGGCAAACGAAGGUGAAAAGGUACUGGCCGGGAAAAGCACCGGAGUGGGCUGAUGACAAUGAUGAGGAAGGGGAUAUUAGGAUGGCGAGGGCAGCUGCUCUCGAGAAAGCGUUUCCAAGCCGUGAGGGUGCUGAUGUUGUGAGGAAAGAUGAUCCUAGGCUGCGUCGUUUGGCGGAGAGUAGGAUCGAUAAUCGUGACGAAGUGAGGGAAGAUCACAGGCGAAUAAGGCAGGCAGAGAUUGUUUCGACUGAAGAGGAAGAAAGCAGGAGGAUGGAAGGAUUGGAUUUGGAGGAGGAGGAUGAGGAUGCAUUGGAGGAGAGGAGGAGGAGAAUACGGGAGAAGUUGUUGCAGAGGCAGCAAGAGGAGGCAUCCCUUUUACCGGAGGAGGAAGAAGAAGAGGAGGCGGAAGAGGAAGAGGAGGAGGAGUCUGAGUACGAGACUGAUUCAGAAGAGGAAACGACGGGUAUUGCAAUGGUGAAGCCUGUUUUUGUGCCGAAGUCGGAGAGGGAUACGAUUGCUGAGCGCGAAAGGCUUGAGGCGGAAGAGAGAGCGCUCGAGGAAGCUGUGAAGAAGAGGAUGGAGGAAAGGAGGAAAGAAACGAAAGAGAUUGUGGUUGAGAAAAUUAAGGAGGAUCAUGAGAUUCAGAGGAGCAUGGAGUUGGAGGCAAAUAUCGCCGAUGUGGAUACCGAUGACGACAUAAAUGAGGCAGAAGAGUAUGAAGCUUGGAAGGGUCGAGAAAUUGCAAGAAUCAAGAGGGAUAGGGAGGACAGGGAGGCAAUGCUAAAGGAGAAAGAGGAGAUUGACCGAGUGAGAAACAUGACAGAGGAAGAGAGGAGAGAGUGGGAGAGGAAGAACCCAAAGCCUUCUUCAGCCCCCAAGCAAAAAUGGAGGUUUAUGCAGAAGUACUACCAUAAGGGUGCUUUCUUCCAGGAUCAGCCUGACGAUCGUACGGGCACUGCUGGCGCUGCUGAAAUCUAUACUCGUGACUUCUCUGCUCCCACUGGAGAGGAUAAGAUGGAUAAGACCAUCUUGCCGAAAGUUAUGCAGGUUAAGCACUUUGGUCGCAGUGGAAGGACGAAAUGGACUCAUCUUGUCAAUGAGGACACGACUGACUGGAAUAACCCGUGGACAUAUAACGAUCCUCUUCGUGCCAAGUACAAUCAGAAAAUGGCUGGAAUGAACACAUCUUUAGAGAAACCUAAAGGCAGCAAGAAGCUGAAAGAUUGGGAGAAACGUUAGAAGUCUUCGAAUUUCCAUUGCCGCCUGCAAAUCUUUCAUUCAUCGUUCGACAGUCUACUCCGCCGCUGCUCAAAGUUACUUGAACUAAAUUUAGGAUCUUUGAUGGCUUCAUGUUGUAUUCAGUACUCUUUCAUUACUUGCUACACUUCUUUAAAAGCGUUAUUACCCUCCCAAAAAAUGACGUUCAAAAGUGCGACUUUAAGAUUUGUUACAGUUCUUUAAAAGCGCUAUUAGUCUCCUGAAAUUUAAAAGCGCGACUUUAAGAUUUAUCUAUGGCCGUUGGAUCA